AUGUGCUCAGAAACGAGUCCUCCUAGAUUAUCUUUCUCCCAUGAUGUUGGACAAUCGGAAGUUGUGCCAAUUGAACACAACUUGAAUCGAAGAGACUCAUCACUUUUGGACCCAGAUUUUGAUUUUGAGUUCCGCAUCAGCAGCAGCAGCAGCAGCUUUGAGCAGGAAACUUGUCCAGCAGACGAGCUUUUCUCCAAUGGGGUACUUCUUCCAGUUCAAGUUAAAGAGAGAAUUGAUGCUGCAAAAGAAAUCCAUAGCCGUGAACCUCGGUCUAAAGCUCCACUCCCUCCCCUUCCUUGCGAUAACUCAUCAAAGAAAGAAAGCAUGAAAGAAGUCAUGACUAUGAAUUUGGCACAAAAACAUGCAUCCAAGUCUUUCUGGGGCUUCAGGAGAAGCACCAGUCUCAAUUCUGACAGUAAGAGAAGCUUGUUGUGCUCAUUACCGCUCUUGUUAAGGAGCAAUUCAGCAGGUUCAGUCUCAAAUCCAAAGAGAGCAGCGUUGAAGGAUGUUCACAAGCAGAAUUCACAGAAACAAGCGUCUAAUUCAAUGUCAAGAUCAUCACCUUCUUCAUCUGCUUCUGCAAUGCUGCAGAAACCUCCACUGAAGAAGAAUUAUGGAGGAUCUUUGAAUGGUGUUCGGAUAAGUCCUAUAUUGAAUAUUGUACCACCUCCUUACAUUUCUAAAAGAACUGAAAAUCUCUUUGGUUUGGGUUCUUUGUUACGUGAUAGGAAAGAUAAAAGGAGCAAGAAAUGA